ACCACAACUCUCUCCGUCUCCCUCUCUCUUUAUACCUCGUCCUCUAUGUUUCUAUACCCCUCCCUUCUCCUCUCUCCUCGUCCUCGCACAUACACUCCCACACCAGGGAUGCCUGAAUCAGUGGAAGUCCUGAUCAGAGUCGACGGAGUCCCCGGGCUGCUGAGACCUGAGCCUAACAGGUCUGUCCCCAGCUCAACCCAGCCCAGCCUUGCUCAGCAAAGAUCAAGACGAAGCUCAGCUUUCUGGAAGCACGCCGGAGGAGGAUUUUCCUACAGCUUGUCGACCUAUGCCUGUAGUGGUGAAGACAGGGAUGCUCCUACUUUAUGAGCACGAGGGUAUGAUGAGAGUGAGAGCUGUGUGGCGAUGCAUUUGAGGAAUCUAAAGCUUCAAACUCAGCUCUUGUGUGUGUAAGCCAAUUCUGGGGGAAAAAAGAGGUGAGGACAAGUAUAAUAAUGAAAGCUUUGUUAUAUUUUUUCUCAACAUCCUGUCAGAUGACAGCCCAGUGGAGCUGAAUGAUUGCAGCACAUUGCUCUGGAAGACAAUCACCACCUUUCGCUGGACAGUUAAAUGAGUAUAUUCAUUUGUUCACCAUGUACAAAGGAGCUAAAAGGUGCAGUCAAGCCAAACGUGCACUAUGCAUCCCAAAAAUGAAGAGUUUCCUUCAAUUAUUAACAGGAAAUCAACAAGUUAAUUGAUUCUGUACCCAAGACUGAGAGACCAUCCACCCGUCCAACCAUCUGGCCUCAUGGAGCUACGAGGUGGCCUGGAUAUCAGGGGUCAGGGGUUAGGGUUGGGCAUGCCAGCUAUCGGGAUUCCGGCCAGCUCCAUAAUAACGGCAGUGCAGCAGCAGGACUACUCAGCCAGCGUCUGGCUUCGCAGGAAGGAAAAACUGGAACAUUCUCAGCAGAAAUGCAUUGUGAUCUUUGCCUUGGUGUGCUGCUUCGCCGUGCUGGUGGCGUUGAUUUUCUCGGCGGUGGACAUUUGGGGCGAGGACGAAGACGGGAUCACUGAGGAGAACUGUAGCAGGAACUGCAGAGUGGUGCUGGUGGAGAACAUCCCAGAUGACAUCUCCUUCUUAGACAAUAGUACAUCACACCUACCUCUGUCAGUGGGGCUGUACGACUUACUGGACCGAGCUAUCCGGGCCGUGGAGAUAGUUUCCCCACUGUGGAUCCUCAAUUCUUCUGAUUAUGAGUCCAGCUUCCAGCCUGCUGCCAGACAGGGAAGGGCUCUGCUGUCCAGGCUGCAGGGGCUGAAAGCUAAAGGGAUCCAGCUGAAGAUCUCCAGCGGGAUGAUCGACUCCACUGAGCUCGGGAUCCUCGCCAAACACUAUGCUGAAGUCCACUAUGUGAACACGACAGCGCUGACCAAAGGCAACCUCCACUCGUCCUUCUGGGUGGUCGACAGGAGACAUUUCUACUUCGGCAGCGCCAGCAUGGACUGGAGAUCCCUGGCCACAAGGAAGGAGCUGGGUGUGUUGGUGUACGACUGCAGCUGCCUGGCUCUGGACCUCCACAGAGUGUUCAGCCUGUACUGGGGGCUUCAGUAUAAAGACUUCAUCCCCUCCUUCUGGUCCAAGCGCCUCUUUGCCCUCUUCAACAGGGACGAACCACUGGAACUCACUCUCAACAGCACAAAGGCUCAGGCUUACGUCUCUAGCUCGCCAGAUGUUUUCAUCCCCAAAGAUCGUAGCAGUGAUCUUGACGCCAUUUCCAGAGUCAUCCAGGAGGCUCGCCAUUUCAUAUAUAUAUCCAUCAUCGAUUACCUGCCCCUCCUUGGCCGCAGUGCUCAAAGGUACUGGUCUCGUAUCGACGGCCUUAUCCGGGAGGCUUUGAUCCUGAGGAAGGUCCGGGUCCGUCUGCUGAUAAGCUGCUGGGAAAAGACUCAUCCACUUACUUUCAACUUCAUCUGGUCCCUGAAGAGUUUGUGCAUGGAGCAGGCCAACUGCUCACUGGAAGCUAAGUUCUUCAACCCCAGAGUGCAGAGGGAUGGCAGUCUCCAGGGAGUAAACCACAACAGGUUUAUGGUGACAGACAGAGCCAUUUAUUUAGGUAACCUUGACUGGGUGGGGAAUGAGUUCAUCUUUAACGCAGGAGCGGGCCUGGUGAUCAGUCAGCCGGAGGGCAUCGAGGAGAGGAACUCUACAGUGGUGGAGCAGCUACGGGCUGCUUUCGAGAGGGACUGGUUUUCACAUUACACCCGCUCACUGCAGGCCAACAAGAUCCCCGUCUGCAACAAGCACCAGAUCAACAGGCUGGUGCCAGGCAAAACCAGCCACUUAGACAAUGGACCAGUGCCUAUCAGAACAGGCCAGCAUGAUAACGGGCCUGCACCGAUCAGAGGCAGUCACAAAGAUGAUGCGCAUGUGGCAGUUAAAACAAGGCACUAUGAUGAGAGACUGAGCAAAAUGAGUCGCCAAGGCAAGGCCAGUGGACUGGCGCCAGUUAUAGACAGUUACCAAGAGAGGGGACAAGUCAAAAUGAGUCAACUUGACAACAGACAGGUACAAGUCAAAGGUACUCACCGUGACAAUCCAAUGGAACCACCCACUCAGUCAGCUGAGAGCAGCGGCAGCAGAGAGAUCUUCAAUGGAUCCCUGUGACUACAAGUGUGAUGGGUUCCUUUUCGCUGAAUGAUGUUUGGAGAAUCGCUCUUUUCCAGGAACAGUGGAUUUAACACACUGGGUCUUUGUAGCAUUUUAUUGUGACCAUUUUGAAGAAAAAAACUUUAAAGAUAUAAGUAACAUCUGGUUUGCAGGACUUGAUGAUGUUCACAGAAGAACUCAGGAAGGAAAGUAAACGCUCCCCUGCAGUCUGGCACAUUUGAUGGAUAUUUUUUAAAGAAUGAAACUAAAACAUUUUGGUUCAUAAGACAAACUGUAAUAAUAUCUUACAGCCUUGCUCCUUAUUUAAUCUUUUUUUGUCUCCUUGUUGAGAUCUCUCGAGCAAAGGAAACAGAUGAAAUCUUACUGACUGCCUAAUUAUUGCUGUCACUUUAGCUGUUUGUGGCAGUCAUAAUGUAUCACCCUUUAAAAGGGGAUUGACGCCUGCAUGCCUCUGCAGAGAUGGGAGGCAGUGCAGCACGUGUAGCUACACUAGCUACAUUUAGCAUUAAAGAUACACUCCAAAGUAGUGGGGGAUUUACUACACAGCUUUAUAUGCUGUGUGUACUCAGAUUGGUAGUGGACACUUGGCCUCAUGUAAAUAGUUUGGGCAUCUCCAGCAGUAUUCUGAAGUAAGUUACUGUGCAUUCAAACAUUUACUUAAAACUGUAAAGUUAUUUAUUACAGUCAGUUGGUAUCUUCAUCCCAGACCAAAUCAACAUGAUACCACUAGUAUAAUAAACUACAUUGGAUCAAAUGGCAUUAAUAGAAAUAGACAAGCUGAUGUGUACGUAUUAAUAACCCAAUCACCAGAAUAAAUGUUGGCAUUGUAUGUAGGUUUCUGCAAACCACAUGUGUUGUACAUUACAGUGUAGUGGAUACUUUAAAACUCUAUGAUUCAACAUCAUUGUGGUUAACGUGUAGUAAAGUUUAGGCACAAAAACCACUUGAAUAUGGAAUGGAAAAGAUCAUGUUUUCACUUAAAAUUCACAUUUUCAGUAGCACAAUCCCAGAAGGUAAUACAGCAAUGUCUAUUAAAAACAAUCAUUUUUUGUGGCACUAUCUCCACUGGAAAAACAGUGUCAGGUCAUUAGAAAAGACCCAAAUUUGGUGACUUAAAAAACUGCAGGAAAUAGCUUUCUGUGGCAUUAUCCCUAGUUAGUGAAAAACAAUGAUAGGCUGUUAAAGAAACCACCAACUUUUGGUGGUUAGAAAGCCACCGGAAAGACAGCGAUGACUCACUAAAACACAAGCAGGUUUUUUUGUUUGUUGAUCUCGAACAGUGGUCUGCAGUGUUCUGCAGCUUGGCAGGCGUCUCAUCUAGGUCCACCUGCUGCUGACAAAGUGAGCUCAUAUAUUAAUAAUGAUAUAUAAUAAUAAUGAUUUCUUUGUAUAGCACUUAUCUACACAAGGUUACAAAGUGCUUCACAAAGUGCAUAGAAAUAUGACAAAACAAUGCAUAAAGCACAAAAGUUACAAAUCACAAAAGUACAAAUCAGGCAUUAAAAGGGAAAGCUUUCCUAAAAAAAUAUGUUUUAACAGUUUAUGUGCUAGCCAGCCUGAUCUCCUCAGGCAGAGAAUUCAAGAGCCUUGGGGCCUUGAUGGCGAAAGCCCGAUCACCUUUAGUUACAAGCCUUGAUCUAGGGAUGACUAGUGAGGGUAGGCUUGAGGAUCUCAGGUCAUGACUUGGAGCAUAGGUAAUCAGAAGCUCAGUUAAAUAACUCGGCGCUAAACCAUGUUUUAAAAGUUAUUAAAAGAAUCUUAAAAUCAAUUCAGAAGUUAACUGCCAGUGGAGGGAGGCAAGAACUGGGCUGUUAUGUGACCUACGAUUUUUUCCAGUCGAGAAAAAAUCGCAGAGAGAGAAAGAUUUACUGAGGCAUGUAAACAGUUUAUAUAAAGUAUUACAUCACUUUAUAAACAUUGAUAUGAUACAUAUGAAACAUGAAAAUGUAAUGUAUUUGUGGUUUGCAGAAAUGCCAACAUUUUCCUCUGGCGACAGGGCUGAAUUAAUACAAAUCCCUCGAGACAGUUUUUUAAUGUUUGUGCUGAGGAGUCAAAUUUGCAAUUUCAUUUCUACUCACAAGAACACACUGAGUACUAGAAACAACCCCAUGACUCAUUCUGAGGGCUGACCUGCAGGUGAGGAGCUUGGGCUCAAAAGGGAAUAAUCAAAUCAUGUCCGCCAUGUUUUAAUCUCAAUACCAGGAGUACUAAACACUGCACAGAGAGCAGUUACAUAAUCCAGGACGUGAUGCGUCACAUACCUCUCCACAGCAGGAUGGCCUUUAUCAAAAUGGAGGUUGUAAUUGAAUUAGAUGAUGCACCUAUUCUACUGUGUUUAUUACAUAACACCAAAUGCAUUAUGGUCUGGAGGUUUCAAUCAGGCGCCACCGCUGAAAAACGACAGCCUUCAUUAGUUUAAGUGGAAGACAGGUAUUUUUUCCCAGAGGAAGAGUGGUUAUCGAUCUGACUGCCGCCUUAUAGAUAAUCAUUCCAAUUCCCGUAUAGAAAUCCUAUAGGAACAGAGGAGGAAUUGAAUGGAUAUCUAUAGCAUUCAAUGUUGUGACUUAUUGAACAAAUACUAAAGGAGCAGUUAGCCAAAGGGGCCAGAGGGUCUCUGCUGUCAGCCAAAUCAAUACAAUGAAUUUUUAACAGAGCUCGACAGUUGCAGUUGCUGCAGUUUAACCUCAAGGACAUUGUUGAUUGUAAUGUCAUGCCUGUGGCCUGUGACUGAAUGAUAUAUAUAUAUAUAUAUAUAUAUAUACAUAUAUAUAUAUAUAUGUAUGUAUUACCUUUACCGUGUGGAGGUAGAGCUAAAAUACAGGAUUGUUAGUAAAGAUCAACUAAUUUAGUUUUGAGUGAGAGCUUGUGGCCACUUUCAUUUGCAUUUUGAAUGAUUGCAUGUCAGUUUAAAUGCACUCUUUGCUGUGAGUGCAACUUUUUGCAUCAGUGCUUGUGAGUUUAUAUUGUAGGGAACAAUUUCUAACUUCCAAAGCCUUUAAUCAAGGAAACAAGAGAACCAGAGAGAGCUACGUGGAGAUGUCUUCAUCAGCAACAUGCAGGGUGUUAUCGUCAGUACUUUAAUGUGAAAGCAGCACAGGUGCAAUGAGUGUUUUGUCUGAAUACAGAUGGCAGGAAGAAUAAUUACAUACUUAAAUUAAACUGAAGUCAGAAUGCAGAGAGGGUUUAGCUGUAAACAGAAACGAAUUACAAACAGGCAUUGAGGUAGAAUUUCAAACAGUGAGUCACAGACAGGAUACAUGUAGCUGACUCAUUGAGACCAGUGAAAAACCAAACAUUUGUUAGUCAGAAACACACCACUCACUUGACCAUUGUGUUCUGGUCAUGAUGGAUAACUUCUGCCAUCUAGAGGAUGUCUUCAGAGAAAACAUGUCUUAUUUGCUGCAACAUAUGAUACUUUUUAAAGCAGUGUUUUUUUAAUAUACACCAUUCAAACUACUGUUUAUAACCAAUACUAAAGUGUAUAAAAGGCAGCAACAUGGGAAUGCAAUUUUCUGACUAACUUUAAAAUGAAAUUACGUUACUAACUAUUUCUCGAGGUGAUCAGAGGAUUAUUUAUUCUUUAUAAGACAGCUCAUAUACUCACAGUAUAGUACAGGAAGUUAACAUAUAAAGCAUUUGAAAUUACAUCAAUAAUAAUGUAAUAAAAAUAACAGCUACAUGUUUAAUUUAACAAGCAUAAAACUAAAAAUUACCUUCACAUGCUGCUGUAUGUGUGCCCUAACACAAGCAUCAAUUCAUCUAUAAACUGAUCCAUGAAGGAAACCCAAUCAUCAACAGUGUCCCAGAGUGAGGAGAACUUUUUCUCAUAAUGUCUAUAUGUAUUUUCUUGCGACGCACCAUGUCAACGCACUGUAUUGCUUGUAAUCUGACAGCUGGCCUGGAGUCAGAUUCAUCACUUUUACGCUGCUAUUAACAAUGGUUAUUACAGGGGUCAGGAAUUCUGAAUGCACCACGCACUAUCUUGUGUUUAUUUGUUUUCAAGCUUUAUUGAUGGUUAAAAACAGUGACUAUUUUACAGGUAUCGUGGAGCAGGACUACACCUUUAAUGGCAUAUUUUCAUAGGAGACUUAUUGUAGCUCUGGAACACAGAUGCCAAGGUUUGAAAUCAGCAACGGUUUACAAUCUGCAACAUGCAUACUGCUUCACACUGACGCACUACUGGUUCAUUUUAAAUGCUCACUGUAAAAGUGUUUUAAUGUCGCCUACCUUUAUUCUACUGAAUUGUUUCGGCAUGACUGCUGCUUGCAUGCCCUGCCUUUAUGAACUGUGCACAGUAGCUAUGAGCCUUUCUAGAGAUAAUGAAAGCUUAUAUGCCUUUAAAAAAUACAGAAGGAAUGUAUAUUUAUUGAAUAACCUUGUUUAUUUAUGCACACUACUGAAUUAUCUGAUCGCUACGUUUUUACACUUAAUAAAAA